AUGCUGCAUAAUGUUAUAGUUCUCACAUUUUCUGAUUUCAUACACUGCUCUUACUUUGAUAUGUUUUUCAUCAGGGUUCCUAAUGCUAAAUCCGGUAGAGAUUCACUUGAGAUUGAAAUAUACGGAAUGCAAGGAAUCCCACCUCAUCUCUUGGCUGCUCACUAUGGAGAAGAUGGUAAAAGGAGUUGA